ACGCAUUAACAAAACACAUAAUUUUUUUUUGUCAUUGUGCAUUAAUACACUAUCUUAAAUUAUAACAUCUCAUGCGUCAAGAAACUAUCCGAAUAGUAAUAAUAAAAACAAUCUGAAUUUAUAUCUCUUUUUAAGAGAUAUAAAAAGAGGUUAGGUCAUCACUUGUUUGGACCAGUAAUCUAUUUUUCUUCCAUAUCUUCUGUCGUAUUAAACAUGUUUUCAUUGCAUGAUUGUUUUCUGUUUGGGAUACUUUGCGUUUCCACAGCAUUAUGUUGCCAUCACCGUGCUUCAAAGUGAAGAUGGUGUAUUCAGGGUGAUGUACAGAAACCUGAAUAGGAGUGGAAAGAGAGAGAUUAUUUACUGAUUUAAUUUUGCUAACGAAUAUUUUGUUUGAAACUUGUACAUUCUUUGUACAUAAGUUUUGUAUUAUUACAGUGGACUUCUAUAUGGUCUUUUACUAGACCUUUAAACCCCAUUUAUAUGUUGAAAUUUAAGGUAUGGAAUAAUCUAUAGCAACAGGUUUUCUUCCUCAUGUGUCAACUCCGAUCAGCUUCCCUGAAACAUGUUGUGACAUCAACCUUCAGGAAUUCACUCAUUAUUUAAUAACCUCUCAUGUCAGUUGUUGCGUUGAAUCAUAUGAAGAUGGGUGUGUCUCCCUGUUUCACCUGCAUUGGAGUGAGAGGAAGGCUCCCUUAAAUUUUUCCACUUUCUUACUCAACCCUAAUUGCUCUCAGUUGAGAGCAAAUGGGACAUCAUGAUGUUUCAGGUCUGCCGUUUUGAAAGACAGAAAGCUGUUUUUUUCCUUUGGGCUGAUGGGAAUGAAACUCCUGGGGGCUUCUAGUACUUUUCCCCACGUUGAGGCAACUUUGUAAGUUGCCUCGCCUCCACAGUGAGUCAAUUUAAAGGUUUGGGCCUUUUAAACAAGCAUCACUAGCACCUGAAGGCUUACCUGGCUGCAUAUCUUCUCCUCAAGGUGAGUUUUUCUUUCACUAUUUCUGCUGUUUCUUAUCAAACGGGGUUCCACUCGUUCUUAAAUGUUGUCUUGCUGCCAUUUACCUCAACUUUUAGUUGGUGACUUAAUCUUUGUAAUGAAAUCAUCAUUGAAUUUUCAUCAAUGAUUAUUGCCUAUAAUAGUUUUAAUAGAAUUAUCAGUGUCGUCUUACUCACCAGUUGUCAAAUUUUAGAUGAAAGAAGAGAGGAUGGGAAAUGGUACUUGAUAGAUUGAGGUGAGAUAUCAUUAAUCACAUUAUUAAACUGACUUCUUAACGGAACAACAUUUCUUCCCUGAAGCUGCAUAUUUCUUAAAAAACCCCUCAAUAUUUCUUAAAAUCAAAUGCUAUACGUUCUUCUGAGAUAAUGUAAACAAACCAAUCUACCUCAUAGCAGACGAAGCAUUAACAUUUAACUUAAGGAGUUUCCUUAACAUGAAAGUUGUCACUUAAGCCAGUUUUCUUCCACAACCAGGCAGAUAUAGUUGAAUACAGUCACAAAAAUCAUGUCCUAACUCAUACUAAGCUUUUUUGUUACUAUCUCUAAUUGACAAGCAAUAUAAGGACAAAUUUCAACACAAUGUGUUGCAAUCCUGGCUUGUGGUGGUGGUUUGGAACAAUGCUGGCAGACUCUGAUGCAGAAAAAAUCUUACUUAUGGUAUGUUGCUGAAAUGAAAGCGUACUAAUUGUGAUGCAGGUCUGUGGUGAUGCUGUUGUAUUCUUUUGCUCACCUCAGAGUCACUGAGGCUCCAGUCGCUAAUAAUCCUUUUUACAGGCAUAUUUUUCCAUACAUUAAGCCGUAUUUGCAUGUUGUUCGAAUAAUGACCCACGUUUUAUGGGAUGUUGCUGCAAUUUUACAGUCUUUGUUUUAUUUUACAGACUCUUCCAAACAACCUUGUAGCAGAAAUAAAAUGGAGGACCCUUGGCAAAAGGCUUAUGACUUUGCAGUUGCUGUUGCAAAAAAGGCUGGAGAGGAAAUUCGAAAAGCUGGCGAGAGUGAAAUAAGAGUGAUGACCAAGAGCUCUACUGUGGACCUUGUCACAAAGACUGACGAGAAGGUAGAGAAAAUCAUCAUUGGGUCUCUAAAGCAGGAAUUCGGAGAAGGAACACACUGUUUCAUUGGGGAAGAGUCUGUUGCAAACGGUGAGCCGUGCAUCUUGACCGACGAACCUACGUGGAUCAUCGACCCAGUAGACGGCACCACAAACUUUGUGCAUGGGUUCCCAUUCGUGGCAGUUUGCAUUGCCUUUGCUAUCAAUAAACAGUUGGAGUUUGGUGUGGUGUACAGCUGCUUGGAGGACAAGAUGUAUAAAGCAAGGAAAGGGAAGGGUGCAUUCUGCAACAAUGAACCCAUUCAAGUUUCUGAUGUGAAAGAUAUCCACAAGUCCAUUAUCAUUUCUGAACAUGGAAUUGAUAGGAGUCCAGAGAAAGUGACCAAAAUCCUUUCCACCAUGCAAAGGAUUCUGUGCAUCCCAGUUCAUGGGCUCCGAGGGUCAGGAACAGCUGCUACCAACAUGUGUCUAGUGGCAACCGGGGCAGUGGAGGCCUUCUUUGAGAUCGGGAUCCACUGCUGGGAUAUCGCUGCUGGAGCAGUAAUAGUCCAAGAAGCUGGAGGAAUCCUUCUGGACGUUGAUGGCGGGCCAUUUGACUUGAUGUCUGGAAGAAUGGUCUCAGCAAACAACGAUGUCAUUGCCAAACGGAUCAUCAAGGAAAUUGAAAUAUUCCCCUCAGCGAGGGAUGACGCACCAAUUGAGGAAAAGUGAGAAGAUUUUUAAAGGCUGGCUGCUCUGAAUUAGCAUAUGGACUGGAAAAUGAGAACAUGAGAAAAGUAUGUUUUCUACAUGCGUAAAUUAAGUUACUAUACCACAGUCAUUCCUGAUUGUCUAAGUGUGAAAGCUUGGCGUAAUUUGUUGGUAGCAUAUUUUGCCCAAUCAUAUCAUUUUACUCAUCAUUUCAAGCUUGCAUUAAAUUUGAUUGCCUCUC